GUAAUGGCGUCAACUCAUGGACAACUCAAGCACAAACAUAACCAACAAAUAACUGUUUUAAUUUUCAAAGUAAUUCAUGAGUAAUUUAUUGAAAACACCUGUUAAUAUUUCCUGGCAUUAAUAUUAUUUUAAGAAAAUGUCAAUCGAGAUCGAGUCAGCUGAUGUGAUUCGAUUAAUACAACAAUAUUUAAAAGAAUCUAAUCUUGUGAGGACAUUACAAACUCUCCAGGAAGAAACGGGUGUUUCUCUAAAUACAGUUGACAGUGUAGAUGGUUUUGUGGCAGACAUAAAUAAUGGGCAUUGGGACACUGUUCUCAAAGCUAUUCAAUCACUUAAGCUACCAGAUAAAAAACUUAUUGAUUUAUAUGAACAGGUUGUUUUAGAAUUGAUCGAGUUGAGAGAAUUGGGAGCAGCUCGAUCGUUGCUCCGUCAAACCGAUCCGAUGGUUAUGAUGAAGCAGCAGGAACCUGAAAGAUACAUUCACUUAGAAAAUUUACUCGCUCGUUCCUAUUUCGAUCCCCGCGAAGCUUACCCUGACGGAAGUACAAAAGAAAAGCGUCGAGCCUACAUAGCAACGGCUUUAGCUGGAGAAGUGUCAGUGGUCCCUUCCAGCAGGUUACUUGCUCUUUUAGGUCAAGCCUUGAAAUGGCAACAGCACCAGGGUCUUCUGCCGCCUGGAACGACGAUCGAUUUGUUCCGUGGAAAAGCUGCAGUUCGAGACCAAGAGGACGAGAAAUAUCCCACCCAGUUAUCGAAACAGAUUAAAUUCGGGCAGAAAUCUCACGUGGAGUGCGCCCGCUUUUCACCUGACGGCCAAUAUCUGGUCACUGGUUCGGUCGAUGGAUUCAUCGAGGUUUGGAAUUUCACCACAGGAAAAAUCAGAAAGGAUCUCAAGUACCAGGCGCAGGACAACUUCAUGAUGAUGGAACAAGCUGUGCUGUCUAUGGCUUUCAGCAGAGACAGCGAAAUGCUCGCGAGUGGCUCUCAGGAUGGAAAAGUCAAAGUCUGGAAAGUUCAGAACGGCCUGUGUUUGAGGAGAUUUGAAAAAGCACAUUCCAAGGGUGUCACCUGUCUUCAGUUUAGCAGAGACAACAGUCAAAUUUUAUCCGCUUCCUUCGACACUACAAUUAGAAUACACGGAUUGAAAUCGGGUAAAACUCUCAAGGAAUUUCGAGGGCACUCUUCAUUCGUGAACGAAGUCGUAUUUUCUCCAGAUGGACACAACGUAAUAAGUGCUUCAUCGGACGGAACUGUAAAAGUCUGGAGUUUAAAGACAACAGAAUGCACCGGAAGUUUCAAAUCGCUCGGAUCCGCAGAUUUAACAGUGAACAGUAUUCAUCCACUUCCUAGGAAUCCGGAACAUUUUGUCGUUUGCAAUCGAUCGAAUACUGUUGUGAUUAUGAAUAUGCAAGGCCAAAUAGUCAGAUCAUUUUCCUCGGGUAAACGAGAGGGAGGAGAUUUCGUCUGCACAUGCGUGAGUCCUCGAGGUGAAUUUAUCUAUUGCGUUGGAGAAGAUCUUGUGCUUUACUGUUUCUCCACCACCUCUGGAAAACUAGAAAGAACUUUAAAUAUUCACGAUAAAGACGUUAUUGGUCUUGCACACCAUCCACAUCAAAAUUUACUUUGCUCAUACAGCGAAGACGGUUUACUGAAACUGUGGAAACCUUAAGACAGUGAUUGAAUUGAAUUUUUUCUGUAUACAUUUUAAAUGGUACAAAGCAAGAUGAAAAUUUAUUAAAAUACAGAAUUUAUGGAUCUUAUUAUUUUAAUUCCAACAAGCAAUGAUUUCGUAAUUUACGUAAGAAUAUGUAACGACUAAUUUUGCAGACUAGAAAUACGUUUUGUGUUUUUAAAGUGACUGAAGAAAUCAUGUACGCAAUUUUGAUCUCGUCUUUUUGAUUACAAUAAAAAGCUUUCAGACA